UCACUUUGAGUAAUGGAAAGAACUAUCGUGCUCUAUCCAUCUCCGGGAAUGGGACAUCUCAUCUCCAUGGUGGAGCUCGGAAAAUUCAUCCUCCGCCACCACCGAUCCUUCUCCAUCACCAUCCUCACGAUGCCCCCGCCCUUCCGCAGCGGCUCCACGCUCCACUACAUCGCCCACAUCUCCGCAACCGUGCCUUCCAUCACCUUCCACCACUUGCCCGCCGUGUCCCUCGAUCUCGACGCGUUCCCUUCGGUCGAGGCGAUUCUCUUCGAAGCCCUCGACCGCCACAACCCCCACGUGCUCCACGCGCUCGAAACCGUGUCUGCCUCCUCCACCGUCUCCGCCUUCAUCAUCGACUUCUUCUGCACCACAGCGCUGCCGAUCGCCGCCAAGCUCGGGAUCCCUACCUACUACUUCCUCACAUCCGGAGCUCACUUCACUUCGCUUCUUUUGCACCUGCCGGAGAUUGACAGAACCACCACCCAGAGCUUCAAAGACAUGAAAAACACGCUUUUGGAUGUUCCCGGCGUACCUCCGGUGCUGGCCACCGACAUGGUAAGGCCGCUUCUUGAUCGAACAUCGUCCGACUACCGGAACUUCCUCAACGUCUCCGACCACAUGCCCGAUUCAGCCGGGAUACUCAUCAACACGUUCGAGAGUCUAGAACCUAGGCCACUCGCAGCAAUUCGUGAAGGAAAAUGCAACAACGCCGGCCGCGCCCCGCCAAUAUUCUGCGUGGGGCCGCUCCUAGCGGCCCAAGACAGAGACACCGCCGGCGAACACAGCUGCCUAAAAUGGCUCGACAAACAGCCUAGCAAAAGCGUCGUCUACAUAUGCUUCGGCAGUCUAGGUUUAGUCUCAGCAUCUCAAUUAAAAGAGAUAGCUGAGGGUUUAGAGAGAAGCGGCCACAGAUUCCUGUGGGUGGUCCGGUCGCCGCCGCCGGAGGACAAAUCCAAAAUGUUCCUACCGCCUCCGGAGCCGGACUUGGAUGCUCUCCUGCCGCCCGGGUUCGUAGACAGGACGAGGGAGAGGGGGAUGGUGGUGAAGGUGUGGGCCCCGCAGGUGGCGGUUUUGAGCCACGCGGCGGUGGGAGGGUUCGUGACGCACUGUGGGUGGAACUCAGCUCUGGAGGCGGUGUGGGAGGGCGUGCCGAUGGCCACGUGGCCGCUCUACGCGGAGCAGCAUUUCAAUAGGGUGGUGAUGGUGGAGGGGCUGGGGGUGGCGGUGGGGGUGGAGGAGGGGGAGGGGGGGCUGGUGGCGGCGGAGGAGGUGGAGAGGGGAGUGAGGGAGUUAAUGGAGGGUGUGAGUGUGAGGAAGGUGUUGGAGGACAAGAGGAAGGAGGCGAGGGCGGCGAUGGAGGAGGGAGGUGAGUCUGUUGCUGCGAUGGGAAAGCUUAUUGAUUUGUGGAAGUCUUGAUUAAGUUUAAUUAAUUGGGGUUAAAUCUCUACGUCUUCACUAAUAAGUAGGGAUUUGGUGUAUGUUUUGGGAGUUCGAAUUAUUUGCAUGCACAAUUAUACGUGCAAUUAUUAUCUA